AGGCGGCGGAGGCCAGGGCCCAGGCUGGUCCCCCUCCUCUCUCCCUCCUCCUCCGGUGCCGCAGUCGCCUAGCCUGCCUCCAGGUGCCCUUGGCCGGGCUCUCCUCCGCCGGCGGCAGCCAAGCAAAGAGGCAGCCGGGCUCAGUCAGGAGGGAGCGCAGCUGCAGGCGGGGAUCCUGGGCCUCGGGAGGGAGCCGGGAGUCCUGCCAGGGAGGGGGGAGGCUCCCCUCGCCUGGCUGCCUGGCUGCCGGGGAGGAAGGGGCUGGGAGGCCAGUCUGGAGGGAGGGAGGGAGGCAGCAGAAGCAGAGGCAGCAGCUCCAGCGGGAGCCUGGGUCCCGUCCGCCUGCGCCAUGGAACCUGAACCAGUGGAGGAAUGUGUCCAGAGCACGCUGGCCGCCUUGUAUCCCCCUUUUGAAGCCACUGCCCCCACUUUGCUGAGCCAGGUUUUCGAGGUGCUGGAGCGGACGUAUCAACACGAUGCCCUGCGCUACACCCUUAACUUCCUUGUCCCUGCCAAGCACAUCCUGUCUCGCAUCCAAAGUGAAGCCUGUGCCCAGUACAGCGGCUUUGUGUUUUGCCAUGAGGGUUGGCCACUCUGCCUUCGUGAGAAAAUCCUGGUGCAGCUGGGUUCCUUGCCCUGGCAACGUCUCUGUCCUGGUGACUUCUACCUACAAGUAGUGCCUCACCGGGAGUGUGCCCCACGCCUGGUACUGAAGUGCCUGUCUCCAGAAGGUCACCGUGGGGUUCAGGAGCUGCCUGUGUCCCCUGACUCCUACCCCUUUCUUUUCACUGUUGAGUGGCUCAACGGCAUCAACAAGGAACGUCGUGUGGGACGCCUGGAACGCUGCCUACUGGCUUCAGGGGAGAAAGUGUUGAGCCUGCCAUGGCCAGAAUUAGUGUACCCUCAGUUUGUGCACAAAGACGGAUUCAUUGUUGGUCAGCGCUGUCCUGUGGAUUUGGCUCCUGAGGUGUUGGGAGCCCGGAGUCCUGGGGACGGACGCCAUUCUGGUGGAGAGAACCGUGAGUCUGAGGGAGAAUACGUUCACCUCUUGGAGGUCAGCCCUACCCUUCACCAGGCAGCCAGGAUCCCGCAGCCUUGUGGUAACCAGAUUCAGACCAUGCCUGCCCGCAAAGGACACAGUAAGAGCCGGAACAGGCGUCACCGGGCCUGGCUCCACCAUAAGUCUGCGUGUGGAGAAAAUUUUGCCUUGCGUCAGGCCUCCAAAGCCCAGGAAGCAGAGAAGUCUAGUCAAGAAAGUGGCAUCCGAGGGGACAGGAUCAAUCAGACGAGAGGCGGUCCAAGCCUAGUAUUGGGUCAAAUGUCAGGGACCUCUAAGGCAAUGGGAAACUGGAGUCCUGGACAACCAGAGCAAAAUCAAGGUCUUUCUGGAAAUAAGGCGCGACCUGACAUCUUUGGGGGGGCUGCUGAAGAUGCAGGACUGGGGAAAGCAGAGGUGCCAGGAUCUGGUCACCAAGAUCCAGUUUGUUCCAAAGUGGACAGCAUUGAAAACCAGUCUCAAGUUUUGGCUACACCAAAACGUGCUGCCAAAGGAAACCGCAGGAAAAAAAAGGGAGCUGGGAGAGGAGCUGGUGGUGACAGAGCUAAACAAGGGGGUGAUCUGGCUAGCAAAGAAACAACACCUGCUGCUGAUACAAAAGAAGCUGGGAAGGAAAUAGUUUGCAUUAGCCCAGCAGAACAGAAUUGUGGGAACAGGGAAGCCAACUCUGGUACCACAGAACAAGCUGCCAGUAUUGAAAAAUGCUGUGUUAAUAUUGCUGAUUGUAAUGUCCACCAGGAGAGAAAUGGUAUUGCAGAAGAACAGAAUUUUGCCACUGGAGAGGAGGGUGUUGGCACCAAGGGACUGCUUGUUGGCACCAGAGAAUGUAGUGUGGCCGACAGUCAGCCAGAGAACAAUAUGGAAAAAUGUUCUGUUGGUAUGGGGGAUAGCAGUGCCAGCACCAGAGACAGGAUUGUCAACCAAGAAGGCCAAGGCCUUAGCACUGAAGAGGCGGCUGUUGCAGUUGAGGCUGGUCAACCAAGAACUGGCACAGAGGAGCAGGGCCUUGGCAGCACAGAACAGAGAGUGAAUGAUUCCAAAGGACAUAUUUUGGGAGAAGAGGAGCUCACAGUUGGCACUAAUGAAUCCACACUUACUAAUUUGCCAAAGAUGUAUGAACCAAGUAUUGAUGGGGCAGAGGAACCCCCAAGUGUAGCAGUUGACCAAGGGCCAGAGAAAACAGAGAAUUCCUCUCUGUCUCCUAUGGCUCAUCUUGGACAGUCUGUGAACUGGGCACUUCUGCAAUCUGGUGUGUUUGCUUUAACAGGAGGAAUGGACAAGGCAGGACACUCCUUGCUGAUGGUGGUGCCACAGCCUCUUCAAGAUGAGCUGCCUCCUGGACAAGAGGAUCUGGUCAAUACCUUGAGAUACAUGCACUCACUUCUCAGGCAAGAACUGAAGGCCCUUGGGCUGACAGUAAUGUUGGACCUGAGCCAGGUAGAUGACUGGGCCCUCCAGGCUCCUGUGCUCCUGCCAGCCUUACGCACAUUCCAGGAGAGUUCGCCACCCCCCAUUAGUCAACUGUUGGUGAUCUUGCCACCUGAUGACCGCUUUGUACCCCAUGAAGAGGAACUGGUUUUGGAACCUGCUGUAGAGGUGCGGCUUCUCCCUCUUUCUCAACUGCCUAAUUAUGUGAGCCUGGACCAGCUGACUCCAGCGCUAGGUGGGACUCUGCACUAUUCACCACUAAAAUGGGUUUCAGAGCACCAGGCUCUUGAGCAACUCCAGGCGCUCUGCCGUAGUGUCCUGCAGGCUGUAUGUGAGGCUAGUGCCCACCUCAAGUCAGUCGGAUCAGCAUCAAAUCAGGAGGAAGUGUCAGCACAGAUCACAUUGCACCAAGAGACGAUGCGGAAACUGCUCUCUGAGCCACGUCUUCUGGAGCUCCAGCGCCGUGGGGGGUCCUUGCUGGCACGGCUGCCUCCCCUGGGAUCCUGCAGUAUGGAGGCUGUGGCUGCCACCAGACUCUACCAAGAGGUGGAUGAAGCCCUUCAUGGACUUGUCCAGCUCAGCAACCGGCGCCUGGAGGUGUUGCAGCAGGAGCGGGAAAACACACAACUCCAGCAGCAAACUCUGGAAGACAAGACAUGCCUUGAACCUGGUGGUGACGGUAUGGAAGAGAAGAAGGAAGGAAAGAGGCCAGCUGAAGGCCUGGCUGAAGGGGCAUCCCUGGAGAGGACAUUGUUACAAAGCCCCAAGUCCCAAAGGAAGACACCACCCUCUCCAGAUACUGGCUGUGCCCCACGGUCCCGUGCCUGCAGCAUCAGUGCCUCAUCUUCCCCUAAGCAUGGCUGGGGCCUGAGUGCCAGGUUUGGCUCCUCUUGCAGCCUAACCUCCCUUUUUCAGCCACAUGCCAGCCCCAAAGCCUCUCCUUGCUGUUCUCCCACUCGAAGCCAUGUCCUAGAGAAUGGGAAGAAGAGACAGGGCAGUCCCAGGUCACCUCUGUCUCCUGCUUCCCCCAUAUCGUUGCGGGCCUCAAGUGACCCAGGCCGCCCCAGUGUACACAUCCGUGGCCUGGAGGUGAGCAGUCGUGAGCUAGCAGACCGGAGCUGUUCUCCCCGUGAACAUGUGUUGUUGAGUCGUAGCGGGACCCAUGUUGCUGAAGCUCCUUGGGGGGCCACACCCCGUAUGGAAAGAAGGCGCUGUCUUGGGGUCCAACAACAGCUUCUGGCUGAGCUGCUGGAGUGUGAGCGGGAGUAUGUGAAUGCCCUUUCCCAGCCUCUCUGUCUGUCCCAGGAACCUGGGGGACAGGCCUGGCCAGCUGAACUGCGGUGCCUGGGCAGUGCUCUUCGGACCAUACGGGACCAGUUGCUGGCCUUCCACAGCAGCUGCCUCCUUGGCGAGUUGGAAGGAUGCAUGAACCACCCGUCACGGGCUGGGGGCUGUUUCCUGCACCACAGAGAGAAGCUUCAACUUUAUGCCACCUAUGCCAAAGAUCACAACAAGUUCCAGUCUGCCCUGGCUUCACUUCGAGCAUCCAGCAAGAAGAGCCCGGCAGAGCUGCAUGAGGACGGGCAUGCAGCCCGCACUUUGCGUGUACCCUUGGAGCAGCUGGAGCGGUAUCGGCGCUUCCUGGGUGAGCUGCUGCGUGAAUGCGAGCUCGAGCGGGGGCCUGAGCGCCAAGCCCUUCAGGAGGCCCAGCAGCUGCUGGAAGCCCAGGAGCAGCGAGGCAGGGAUCUACUAGCUGCCGAGCAGAUCCGGGGCUGCGAGAUGAAAUUGUCAGAACAAGGGCCGCUCCUGCAGCGUGGUGAGCUCACUCUGCUGUGCGGGCGUCGUAAGUGCCAGCGUCACCUCUUCCUCUUUGAGCAGCUGUUGCUCUUCACCAAGUGCAAGGGAGCUGAGGGUGGCUACGUCUGCAAACAGGCCUUGCAGACAGCUUCUAUGGGGCUGACGGAGAGUGUGGGACCUACUGGGCUACGCUUUGAGCUGUGGUUUGGACGAGGAUCAGCCCGGCAGGCCUACACACUGCAGGCAGCCUCUGCUGAGAUCAAACAUCAGUGGACAAAUGUGAUAGCCCAACUGCUGUGGAGACAGGCUGCCCAUCCAUCUGUCUCCAUGAGCAUAUCUUCCUGCCCUGCCCAGCGUUUGGCCCCUCUUGGCCUGGGGUCUGGGCCUCCUCCUGGGUUGUCAUUGCCUGGACACUUUGAGGAGGAAGAAUGGGACCUGGACGUCAAGCCCAUUCCAAGAGCUGAGACCUCUGAGUCUGCAGGAACCUCCCCAGUCCACCCAGAACCACUUAGACAAGGAAGAGGAUCAUUGCCCAGCAGCAUCACUGCUCUAGGGCACCACCAGUCGCAUUGGGUAUGGAGCCUACACCGGAAGCUCUUUUCCCCUGGCAGUCAUGGAAGGCAGGAUUCAAUCCCCAGGGACUCCGGGAACAGAACAGUCUGAGUCCCACAGGAUACUGUAGGGGGGACAUGGCAUAAAUGGGUGUUGUUGUCUAGCAGUACUGUGACCUGCUCCCUCCAAGUCACCUGAUGGUUCUCCUACGCACAUCACUUUGCUACCAUCCGAUAGGAACACCCAGAUUUGGCUGCAAUUCUACCCUGGGAUGCUUCUGUCCCACCACACAGUACCCAUCCAGUGCCUUUCCCACCAUUUUCUUGGGCUGUGAAAUUACUGAAAGCUGUUGGCUGAGAGGAAUGCCAUGUGCUGAUGCUGUUGGUGGUGAGAAGUCGUGUACCAGGCAAAAGAGGUCAACCAACGAGGUCCAUGUUGUAGACUAGGAGGAAAUUCUGCUGUGUCAGCACUUAUCCAUCAGUGAUCAGUUCACCCAGUCUACUGAAACUGCUCCAUUUCCUGGUGCUCUGUCUCCAAUCACAGCUGUGAGUUCCUGGACAAAUUGAUAUUUUACUUAGUCUGAUGGGAGAUGAAAGGGAGAACCUGAAAUGCAGUUACUAAGCAACUGUGGGAAGUACUUUUUGAACUACAAGCAGGUCAACUCCAGAGGAAAAGGAGGAGAAAAGAGUUGUGACUAGAGGUUGCACUGGUGGAGGAGGUGAUUGUACCAGAACAUAAAGCCACCACUACUCAUCUAAAGAUGCUCAGAGGCAUCUGCAGCUGAAUCAGGGAAACUCUGAGUGAUAAUAAAAUUAUAGUUGAUGCUGGGGAAGGCUGUCCUGGAACUGUGCACCUUUAGGAUGCAGAGAGGAAGGGGACACCCAUUUGGAUUCUUUCACCAUAAUUGGAAAAAACAUAAAGAAAACUAGCAUGUCAAGGGUUCUAGACUUGUCAUAUUCUUGAUGUGUACUAAUUAAAAAAAAAAACGUCUGGAAAGGUUUGCCAAGCAAGAGCACUUGGUAAAGUGUCCCUUCUACACACAUACACAUAGUCUGAGGACAUACAGUCCAAGAAAGGCUGGGCUACAUUUCUGCUGCACAUAGGAUAUUCUUCCUAAUACACAACACACAAGUGGGCCUUAAAAGGCACAAAAUAUGUAACGAAUGAAAACAUUCUUGUAAUUGGAAGACAGUGCAUAAGAUAGGCAAAGUCUGGAAGACUUUUUAUUUAGCAGACUUGUAAAAUUCAUCAAUAUUUUAAAUAUCAAUUCCAAGGAAAUUUAACAGCCCUGUUAUAUAUGCUUUGUCCAAUUCUUGGCCGAUUACUGUGGAUCUCUACUAACCACCACUGCUCUUUUGGGAUUAGAACAAGUUUCUCCAUUUACAACCACUUUUUAAAAGGGGAUCGCUGCUAGUCUGCACAAAUUAUUCUGCUACACUCUCCCCAUUUGGGGAUUAAAACAGAUUUCUCAAUUUAUAACCACUUUUUGGGGGUUGGGGGACAGACUAGUGCCACUGUUUUGAUCUAAAUUACUGGGAUAAAAUAUAUUAGAGAAAAGCAGCAAGCUAGACAUAGGAGAAGGUGUAUGCAUUUACAUUCCUUUUAUGUAUAAAAGGUGUUCAUUUUUUCAGUAUAAGUGGUCCGAUGGGUAAGAAGUGCAUCAUUCUUCCCCUGCUUGCACUUUAUCACCCUGAACACUGUUCUCCUUGAAUGCUCAAAUGAGACAUUACUCUCAUUAUGUGGUCAGUAACCAUGUCUGGAUGUUUUCUUUCUGUACUUAAUUUUUGUUUUUAAAUACCAGUAGGUGCAAGUGACAAGUAUAAUUUUCAUCAGGAGCACAACAAGCAGUGUGCUUUAACUUUUCUUUAACCAUAAUCUUAGUAAAAUCAACUAUUGGCUCUGAUGCUAGCCCAUAGCCACCAAUGGGAGUCCCCCCCCCCUUUUAAGGCUGCUAACAAGAGGGGGAGUUGUUAAUCAGGAUUGGGAAGUAUUCGAUUUCUCAUGUCCUAUUGGAUAUACCUGGCCCACAUUUCAGUCUAGUACAGUACAUUUUUAAAAAUCCCUUAGGCAUGGUUACUAACCCCAUGACUGGAUAAUGUCUGGUUUGUCCUCAGAUGAGCUUCAAGAAUAGGAAUGACUUCAGUAUUUUAAUCAUUUUGCUGUCUUAACUGGAUCAACCUCCUCUGCCUUAUUUAGUGGAUGGUUUCAUAUUUUAAGUAUGCUAUUAUUCAUUCCUUCAUUCUCAGGCCUAAAUUCUAUUGUUAGUCCUGACUAGAGCAACAAUUCAAUAGAUUUACUAUACUUGGGACUAACCAACAUGAUGUCAGCCUAAGACUGCAUGUGUAGAUUAAAAUGCUCAUUUCUCCAUACAAAAAUGUUCCUUGCACACAGAAAACCGACAUGUCGGGGAACAGGUGAUAACUCAACUCCCUGAUAUUUAGUCUUCUAAGUGCAGGGAUUUUUCUUUCUGUAGGAGCAGCCUCUAAUUGAGCCUCUGUCUGCCAGUCAGAAACAGUGCAGUCCAGGUACAGUUGUUUAGUGCCUCAUCUUCCAUUUGUGAAAUCUUGUCCCAACUCAUUCACCUGCAAAAUUUAGGGGAAAUGGGUAGAAGAUUUGAGUUUUCAUAGCAAAGACAAGCAGUUUUUGUAUUCAAAACAAUAAUACCAGGCUUGGAUUUUGUAGCAUCUACAGUUCUUCAAAUGGCUAUAUUUUAUUUGAGUGCUGUGCACUAAGGGAAAAAAUGAAGUCUCUGGAACUUGAGCUGAGUUUACUCCUUGGAGAAACUGGAACCUUCAGUAUUGCAGUGUUUCCAUAAAAUGAAGGUUUUCUAAAGAGGAGCUAUGGCUGCUCUGCAGGCUGGGUAGAGUGCUAUAGUUGCGUCGGUUGAGAGAAAUCAGAAUGGGCAUAAUGUCAUUAUUUGAUUGAAAUGUACAGUGCUUUAAAAACUGCAUGCUGUGCAGAUUGAUUGUUCAGGCCCAGGUGUUAAGGAAACUUAAAUAUGGUGGAAACACUCCAUUUUAUAACCCAUUUGAUGAAUGCUUUCUAGCUAUUGCUGCCCGCAAACUUAAGCCAUCAUAAGGUACUAAGCAACCACCUUGGGCCUCUGUAAAUUAAUGGUUAUCGUUGCUAAACAUGUAAUCUUGUCAAAAUAAUCAGUCAGGUUUGUCUGAAAAGACCAUAUUUUAUAUAUAAAAAAGCAUGCUGAAAUACCUUA